UUGUGGCCCAAAAAAUCAUUAAAAGUGGCAACGGCAUUAUACAAAUACCCUUCUUUCCCUUUCAAAAUGUUUAUGGUAGUUGGUUUUGUUGUUUUUGUAGGACUUCCAACAAUUGAGGUACAUUAAAUUGCAUGAUUGCAAGUCGCUCGUUAGUACGCCCAACCUCUCAUGUGCUCCAAAUCUCGAAGAAUUGAAACUUUGGAAUUGCAAAAACUUGGUAGAAGCUCACGAGUCGAUUGCAAAUCAUGACAAGCUCCAAGUCGUGCAUUUUAAAUGGUGCCCUGAACUUCGUGUUUUUCCAAAUGUGCUCAAGUCAAAAAAUCUUCGAGAUCUCAACUUUUCUGUUUGCUCAAAAUUUGAAAGAUUUCCCGAUAUCCCACAUGAACUCGGAUGCCUGAAAAAACUUUCCAUACUACAUACCGCUAUUAAAGAACUUCCUACAUCAAUAGAAAAUCUUGUCUCUCUAGAGGAAAUGCUUUUAGAUAUUUGCAAAAACUCGGUAAGCAUUCCAUCUAACAUUUAUAAGUUACAAAGACUUCAAUGCUUCAAAUCUGCUUUUGGCCCAAUCGUGUUUCCAAUCCUCACAGAUUUAGCUAAUCCGUGCAUGAAGGUUGGGCUUUCAAAUUUAAAAGUCUUAAACCUUCUCAAUUGUAAUAUGUCCGAAGUAGAGUUUUUGGAGGAUCUUUCUUGUUUUCCCUUGUUGGAAACCUUAAUUCUGUCAGGGAACAAUAUUACUAGCCUCCCUAUAUCCAUCACUCAGCGUGAUCGUUUGUCCAUAUUGUCAGUUAGUCAUUGCCAUCAAUUACAAGAGAUUCCCAAGCUUCCGCCAUUUUUAAAUUUACUGCUCACGAAUGGGUGCGAAUCUCUGCAAACAAAUGGACAUUUAACUUCAAUUGAUCAGUGGGUCCAUCGAGGGUUGACCGUGGUUGACACUGCUUCAAUUGCCAAGAAUUCUCCCUGCACUAUUUAUCUCCCUAAGGGAGAGAUGCCAAAGUGGUUUCAACCAGUUGAAGAAGGAUUUAUAUCUUUCGUGGCUUCAAAGGACUUAUACGAUAAGUUUCUUGGAUUUAUUUUCUGUGCUGUAUGUAACAAUGAAGGCGGUCAUUGCAGACUUUACUUUAACACAUAUUUUAAUGGCAAAAACCAGGGUACCUACACAACAGAGCACUCCAGAUUGGAUCCAAGUGGCAUCUUGAUAAAGUAUUUCGCACCAUCUCACUUAUGGAAAGCAGUCCAUUUUGAUCAAAUUGAUGGGAGUUAUGCACAAUUCAGCAUUACAUUAAGGAACUCAUCAUUAAUCCCCAAGGGCGUGGAAAAGUGGGGAUUCCGAAUAAUAUGCAAGCAACUAGAGGACGAUUUAAAGGCUGCGAUCCGAGACUAUAGGCUGAUUGAUCCAGCUUUCCUCUAUGAGGUCGGUCAUGACUCAGCAGACCCAGAAGCCCAAAGUUCACAUAUACAUGAAGACGAUCCAACCGAAAUAGGUCUAUCAAGAAACUUGCAAGAGAGUUAACAUAUGCUUGAAAACAGACUGAUCGAAUUUGAUCUAGAUUGUCCACCGAGUUCUUACGAGCCUGAUGGAAUGAUAGACAUGAGUUAUCGUGAGUUUUAUCUUGCUGGACAACUGCUUCCUGGAGACCCGCGCAGCCUGGGGAACAAAAAGUUCAAGCUUCUCUUGAAAGAAUGAUGGAAACGUGCUAAGUAAUUCGUACGGUGAGUGAACUCCCGCUGAUCUUCAUUACAAUGCCUUCUUUCUUCUCGUUCCUUCUCGUUUUCCUCUCCCCGAAAAAAAUAAAAAUAAGAAAGAAGACUUAUAAAUAAAAUUCUGUAAUUCAACCUUCUCUUUAAUCUCUUUUCUUUGUUUGUAAGUGCAAGAUCGCCGCUUGGCAAGCACAGGCGACCGACAGAAGAAGUCCC